UUCAAGUAAACUCGAUACGGUAAACCGUUUAAUAGUGAUCAUGAAAUUGUUGGUGCUUUGUGCUUUAGUGGCCGUGGUGGCAGCCGCCCCUCAGGCUCAGGAUGUUCAGCUGUUGCGAUAUGAUGCUGACAACGAUGGUCUCGGCACCUACAAUUUCAUAUAUGAACAAAGCGAUGGGUCGAAACGCAACGAGAACGGAGAACUCAGGAACGUGGGUGCUGAAGAUGAGUUCGUCGCGAUGAAGGGUUCCUACUCCUGGGUGGGUCCCGAUGGCGUCACCUACACGGUUAACUACGUGGCUGAUGAGAACGGCUUCCAGCCCACGAUAGAACAGGGCCCAGGAGGUGCCGUGCCCUCCGCGGUCGUCGCCUCACUCCUCGGUUAAGACCUUUUAGAAAUAAUAGCCUAAUUUGUUAAAUAAAUUUAUUUUUAAGCCCUA